AUGAGCUACGUAAUCCUACUUUCUGGAGACCGGGCCAACUUCACUACGGUCUCCUUUGACGUUGAUCAAAAGAAGCUGGCCGUGACCGCAAAUUACCCAAGCCCAUUCAACGCGUCGUGGGUCGAGCCUUCGUCUUCGCUCGGAACCAUUGACCGGCUGAUCGGGCUAUCGGAAGGUAUUGAGUCUGGUGACUUGUAUACAUUCGAAAUCGACCACCAGCAAAAGACUUGUAAAAUCACGAGUCUGCAGACAACUCUAGGCGCGCCUGCCCACUUCAUCACCCUGCAGGACAGAUCUGCAGUGGCCUUGGGGACUUACCUAGGAGGCUCUGUUGCUCUGUAUCCCAUUUCAAUCACCGAAAUGGCGGGUCUGCUACUGGCAGACCAUCCGCGAACCGAAAUCUUUCCAGAAUUCCCCUACAAGGCCCUUGGUCAUGGUCCAAACGAGGGGCGACAACGGCAAUGCCACGUACACCAAGUUCUCGAGGAUAAAAGAGGCUUCCUCUAUGCUCCGGACCUAGGCGCAGAUCGCGUAUGGAUUCUCAAGCGGAAUCAGACGAAGCUCGACCUCUGUGGCUGGCUUCAGUGCCCUCCAGGAACCGGCGCUCGCCAUGCCGUCUUCGGCUCUGAAGAGAAAAUAAUGUACGUGAUCGGAGAGUUGUCGCAUACGGUCUUAGCCUUCGAUCUAUCCACGUCCCCCGAAGUGAACAUUCAGCCUAUUGAUGGCUUUGUACAUAACAUCAUCCCUCUCAAUGUUCAUCCUGACCAUCAUUUCAUGAUGGACUCUUCGGAGUUAUGUGUGAAUCCCAAAAUUCCGAACAUCUUGUACGCAAGCAACAGAUGGGAGAGACAUAUAAAGGAACGUCAGCCUAACCUCAAAACUGUCCCCGAGGUUCCUGACGGGGAUUCCAUCGCCAUCUUGUUGCUCUCGGCUGAUGGCAAGAAAUUGGAAGAAAUGCAGCAUGUCAGAACCAAGGUCGAUACUAUUCGUGGCAUGAGGCUCAGCGACGAUGGUAAGUAUGUCGUGGUGCUAGGGCAGGAAGGUGGCGGCAUCGAAGUGUAUGCGAUCACUGGAGAGAGAGGAGACAUUUGGAAUUUGGUGGCUGGCUUGGAUGAAGGGUUAGAAGGCGGUAUUAAGCAUGCUGUCUGGCUGUAA